AUGAGGUUUAUGGACAUUGUAAAAGAAUACCUGAUUAACUCCACCUUUCAUGGUGUGAAAUUUAUAGCGGAUGAUUCAUACCACGCAACGGAACGCAUAUUCUGGAUAGUGUGUGUGAUAAUUUCCUGGGUCGGUUCCGCCUUUCUCAUCGAUGCCUCCCUGGAAGCAUUCCAAACCAGUGCCAUCUCGUUCGUAGUGGAAACGAGCUAUCUCGAUUGGAACACGCGCUUUCCCUCGAUAGUCGUAUGCGAAAUGCGCAACAUGGAACGCAUUCAGGCAAUUGCCGAUAACCUUUGGGGUGACGAUCACGAUUUCGCAAUGGAAGAAGUUUUGAACGAGAUUGGGUACUUUCGGGGCGAAUCGUACCACACCGUAAACGAGUGUGCCGGUGACGAUAUGGCGGAGAAUUGCUUUUUCGACAACUUUACCGCGUACGCAGAUCUGGUGCGCAGUACGUGCAUGGAAACGCUGGAGGAUUGCUACUGGAAUGAUAAACCGUUCGAUUGCUGCCGAUACUUUCAACCGAUGGAAACCGAACUGGGGCUGUGUUAUGCGGUCAACUCCCUGCAAACCAGUGCGAAACAUCCGAUCAAGUUGAACAUGAUCUCGAACAAACAUACGGGACCGGGUAAGCUCACCAUUACGGUGCUUACCGAGGCGUACGUGUACACGAUCGGUGAGGAGGAGGUACCGAACUUGAUCACACCCAAGUCGGACGUACUGCUGGUCGAUCACUACAUCGCCUACAAGCGCCACAUAUCGAUAAAGGAUAUUGAGAACGAUCCGGAAGCGAAGCAGGUCAGCGUAUCGCAGCGCAAGUGCCGCUUUCCCGACGAGAACAAUCUGAACGUGCAUCGGUACUACAGCUACAGUGCAUGCUCGGUCCAGUGUCGGAAGGAUAAGCAGCUGAAGAUUUGCAACUGCACCAGCCAUCUGAUGCCGAACACGGAUCCUUACGUUAAAUGUAACAUGUCCGGGCUGAUUUGUCUGAAUGAUAAUUACGAAGAUCUUACGAUUGUCAUACCCACAUGGUCGGUAGGACGCCGAGGUGUUGUCUGCGAUUGUUUGCCAUCCUGUACCGAGGUGGACAUUGGUAUUGUGCAUGAUUCUCGCGAAAGUAUAUUCGAUUCCGAUCGACGAUACUCCACUAUAGAGAUCCAGCUGUCGGCAUUACCGACGGAGCGCUAUAAGCGCAACGUUGUCCGCGGACGGCUCGAUUUGGUGGUAUCUGUCGGAGGCACUACAGGGCUGUUUGUCGGCGCCAGCUUACUGUCCUUUGUGGAGAUUUUCUACUACUUCACCAUACGCCCAUACGGAACGCGGUAUUUAACUGCUGUGCAGCAAGAUAACUUGCGUCCGGGGAAAGUGGUCGCACCCUACAAAGCUGAAGCUAACUGA